CAUUUAUCGUAAAUGAUUUAUGCAUGAAGAGUGACGUCACCAAGCACAACUCUGCAAACGUCAUCUUCCAUCAACACACAAAACUCCCCGCAAUAUAUACACAGUCCACACACAUCCAUUGAAGAAUUAAACCAAAACUGCAUUUGCACUACAUAAAACCUCUUAAUAUUCUCAGUACCCAUGGCUGAAUCACCACCACAUGUUCUGCUCGUCUCCUUCCCUUCACAAGGCCACAUAAACCCAGCUCUCCAAUUAGCCAAACGACUCGUCCACGCUGCCGUCCAAGUCACUUUCGCCACCACUCUCUCCGCCCACAAACACGUCUCGAAACCCCAAAAUACCCUCCCAGGUUUGUCCUUUGUCGGCUUCUCUGACGGCUACGAUAAGGCCUUCUCCCUCGGGGUCAAUCUUGACAUUUACAUGUCCGUGUUCAAACACCACGGCAUGAAAAAUCUCAAACAAGUGAUUCUUAACAUCAACAACGACAAAGAAUUACGUCCGAUUACUCGCGUAUUUUAUUGUAAUCUCAUUCCCUGGGUGGCAUUGGUGGCGCGUGAGCUUCACAUUCCGUCGACGCUGCUUUGGAAUCAAGCUGCUGCCGUUCUGGACAUUUAUUAUUAUAGUUUUCACGGCUACGAGGAUUUUAUUCGGGACAAUAUUGUCAAUGAAGACUCCUUUUCUCUUCGAUUACCGGGUCUACCACAACUAAGUAGCCAUGAUCUCCCGCCGUAUUUCCUGCCGUCACAUGUACAUGAAUUUGCACUACCGACAUGGAGAGCACAUUUUGAGAUUCUUGACGAGGAGACGACCAAACCAAUAGUGCUUGUCAAUACAUUUGAUGCGUUAGAAACAGAAGCAUUGAAAUCGAUUGAGAACUACACUUUGAUCGGCGUUGGACCAUUGAUUCCAUCCGCUUUUCUGGACGGAAAAGAUCCCUCAGACAAUUCCUUGAGAGGCGAUCUGUUCAAGAGUAGUGAAUCGAAAAAUUACACAGAUUGGUUGAACUUGAAGAGUUUAAGUUCUGUCAUUUAUGUAUCGUUUGGAAGUCUCUCUGUUUUGGACAAACCUCAAAUGGAAGAAGUGGCACGGGCUCUGAUCAGUACAGGACGUCCAUUUUUGUGGGUCAAUAGAGAAAAUCAGAAAGGAGAAGGAAAGCAAGAAGAAGAGUUGAGUUGCAGAGGAGAACUUGAGAAACAGGGGAUGAUAGUGCCAUGGUGUUUUCAGGUGGAGGUUUUAUCUCAUCCUUCGAUUGGAUGCUUUGUGACUCACUGUGGGUGGAAUUCAACAUUCGAAAGCUUGGCUUCUGGAGUUCCGGUGGUGGCGUUUCCGCAAUGGACUGAUCAAAUGCCGAAUGCAAAGAUGGUGGAAGAUGUGUGGAAAACAGGGGUGAGAGUGAUGAAGAAUGAGGCAGAGGGGUUAGUUGAAGCUGAUGAGAUUGAGAGGUGUUUGGAAUUGGUUAUGGGGAGUAACGAGAGAGGAGAGAAGAUGAGGAGAAAUGCAAAGAAAUGGAAGGAUUUGGCAAGAGAAGCUUCCAUGGAAGGUGGUUCUUCAGACAAGAAUCUCAAGACUUUUGUUCAUGAGGUCUUGAGGGGUUAAGCAAAAAGGAGUUUCUUCUCUGUUCCCGAAUUUUCUUUACUUUUUUUUUUUCUCUUAAUGCGUGGGGUAGCAUUGAUUUCAUUGUGUGAAUAAAAUAGUGCUUCUGUUUCCAACUAGAGUAGGUCGCUUUCACAAUUUCAGAAUGGAAAAGGGUAUUCUCAUCCCCUGAAUUAACCUACCUCAAUCAUACAUGUAUGAAUGUACGAUUUUGCAAACGAAUGAUGUAGGGUCAAUGUUUAACCGUAGAGCUUUGAAGGCUCAUAAUUUUCAAUCUAGAAGGAGUUAUGGGACCCAUAA